ACAAUUGGCGAAAGCGGUUAAUCAGUGUACGACUUUACCGUCUCGCACCUCGUUCUAGGCUAGGUUUCGACUCGAUCGGCAAACCUCACGUAACUCAACUGGCAAGAACUUGCGAUAUUCGCCUACGAUCCUGCGAUCUGCGUGUGCGUGUGAGUUUGUGUGAGCGUGUGUAUGUGUGUACGAGUGGCUUACUACGAAUAUCGAUCACCAUGUCCGUGUCAGAGAUACUGCGCGUGUUGGCGAUCGGUUGUUUCGUGAUCGGAUGCACUCAAGCAAACGUAAUCAUGUACGAUACCGAGGAGAACAGCAUCGAUGGUUCGAGCGAUUUUAUCGACCUGACCCAUCUGGGACCGAAUCUGUUUGGGGAACCUGAUGAAGAGGUGGGCAAACUGGUGGCCAACUUCAAUCCGGAAACCGAUGCUGGCAAUGUGGAGGAAUUGGGAUCUUACGUCGAGGGUGACAUGCUGAUCGAUCGUCCCGAAGGACGGAAUGGCCUAUCAAAUACAGCCACUCGUUGGCCCAAUGGUGUGGUACCGUUCGUUAUUUCGGGAAAUUUUGAUGCCAAGGGUAUGCAACUGAUCGAGCAAGCCAUCAACGAGUAUCACACGAAAACAUGCAUCCGAUUCGUGCCGCGUAUGGGCGAAAAGAACUAUGUUUCCUUCGAAAGUUCUAGCAGUGGGUGCUGGUCCAGCGUGGGAAUGAUUGGUGGCAAACAGGCGGUCAAUCUGCAGAUUCCCGGCUGCACCACACUCGUCGGUACCGCCAUACACGAGAUGAUGCAUGCGCUCGGCUUUCUGCACGAGCAGAACCGCGAGGAUCGCGAUGAUUGGGUGCGAAUUCGCUACGAAAACAUCAAGGCCGGAACGUCGAACAAUUUCGAGAAAGCCAAGAAGGGUACCACCAACAGCUUCGGCGUAGCGUACGAUUACGCCAGUAUCAUGCACUACUCGUCGAAUGCGUUCUCAACCAACGGUAACCCCACGAUCGAAGCGAAGCGCGCCGGUGGGAAUAAAAUGGGCCAGCGACAAGCGUUCUCCUCCAGCGAUCUGGCCAAACUAAAUGCCAUGUACGGAUGUAAGGGCAAUUCAGCAGCCGCCACCAGCUCAGGCACUAGCCCUCAAACACAGCGUCCUGGCCGACCGACGCGUCCCUCCCGACCAGCAGGCAACAAUCGUCCCGGAAAUGGCGGAGCACAGGUUGCCAGUGCCAUUGUAAACCUGAUUGGAUCCAUCUUUGGCGAAGAAGAUACCAACACUACCGAAAUUGCGGGGGAAGUUGCGCCUCGUUGAAACUUCAGUGCUUCCAACAUAUCAACAGUACUCUGUAUUUAGCCACUUAUACCGAACUACCUCGUUUACCCACGGAUCGUUUUUUUUUUUACAUUUUUUUAUCAACAUGAAUAAAAGCAUACGUGCCUCGUACGUGUUCUUGUUUCCAUAGUCUAGGCCGUG